AUGGUGACCAAGGCAUCACCUUGGACGUCUAUCAGCAAGUGGAUCGCGAACAUAAGCAACCCUCGGCAUCCGAGCACGGCACGGCCAUACCACGCGGCAGUGUGGCCCUCCUACGGCGUCACCACCCCGGUUCCUCAGCCGCAGGUCCGAAAAUCGCCCUUUAGAUUCGAGACCGGCUAUGCCCUGUGUGCGAAGCGACCCCCACGGCCAUUUCCCCCGCCGUUUCUGUCUCCACCGUCCACAUCUUUCUCCGAUCCCUUGACCACUCAACUGAGCCAGGAUAAGAGAUUAUCCGUCAAGGGCGAGCUAGUCCGUGGCUUGAACAAUGGAGACGAUGCGAUCCUUGUCUCGGAGAACUUCCUAGGCGUUGACGAUGGCGUCGGCGCUUGGGCCACGAGGCCUCAUGGCCAUGCUGCCCUCUGGUCUAGACUCCUGUUACAUUUCUGGUCCCUCGAGGUCGAGCGCAACGUCGAUAACAGCUCCAGCUGCCUCGAUCCGGUCGGAUACCUGCAGUCUGCAUACGAGGAGACUGUUCGCGCGACAACAUCACCUACACAAUGGCAAGGAACGACCACCUCAGCAACCGCUAUUCUACACUGGACGAAUGAAAUGGAUGGCACACAGAAUCCACUACUGUACGUGACGAACCUGGGCGACUGCAAGAUCCUCGUGAUCCGACCAAGCGAGGAGAAAGUCCUCUUCCGAACCGCCGAGCAAUGGCACUGGUUCGACUGUCCCAUGCAGCUUGGAACCAACAGCGUUGAUACACCGAGGAAAGAUGCGGUUCUGUCGAAGGUUGCGCUACAAGAAAACGAUAUCGUCCUGGCCCUGUCCGACGGUGUCAUGGAUAACCUUUGGGAACACGAGGUCCUGAAAAUCAUCAUCGACAGCAUCGAGAAAUGGAACCAGGGGCAUGCUGUGCCCAAGGAGGUGGCUCGGAAUCCUGGGUUGUCAAAUGAUUGCAAUGUCUUCGUGGCUCGGGAGUUGCUCAAUGCUGCUCUGGCCAUUGCCCGGGAUCCUUUCGCAGAAAGCCCGUUUAUGGAGAAGGCCGUGGAUGAGGGGCUGGCUAUUGAAGGAGGCAAAAUGGACGACAUCUCCGUUGUGGUUGCAUCCUGCAAGAAGCGAGUCGGAUGA